CCAAACGUAUGUUGGUAUGGUCAAAAACGGCAUGACGUCUCUCUGAUGGAAAACACACUUUCUUCGCCCGGACAAAACAGUAAAAAACUGCGACUUCUUUUGUUCUGUACUCUUCGCUCCCAAUUGUUAGGGUUUUUUUAAAUAUUUUUCUUCGAUGGAAGCGCCAUGACCGUCAUCUUCGCCGAUGAGUGAGAACCAGAGGCCAUCGUCACCGGCAACAAGCAUCACUGAUGUGAACGUCGACUCGCUGGCUCAAUGCGCCGGCUAUCUCAGCCUCCGAGACCUCUCCAACAUGUCCAUGACCUGCACGUACCUCAAAAAGGUUGCAUAUUCCGACUCCAUCUGGCAACGUUGGUUCAGGGAAAGCUGGCCCCGGCAAACACCUCCCGCCGCCUCGCAAACGGUAGGAGUGAGGGAAGCUUAUUUGUGUAGGCGCAAGGAUUUGCUGCAAUUCAAGUUUAUCAAUCCCCUCGUCGCCGAUUUCUAUACCAAUUCAAGUCCUUUCGACCAUGUGUUAUUGGACAAUAACAAUAUAAUCUUCUCUCAGGGCUCAAUGAUACAAGUGAUAACGAUUGAUAGCUGGUUAAGUGGAGCGAACUCACCUGUCACUUUAAGUGAUCACAACGCAAGAAUUACUUGCAUGAGGCUGUUUCCACUGAAUGAAACAUCUUUAUAUCGAAGGGAAGCACAAAACGAGGAGAAUGUUUUGGUAACUUCAAGCUCUGACCAUUCCAUUCGGCUAUGGUGGAAGGGUUCUUGCCGACGAUGUUUUAGAGGUCACAGUGGCCCAGUUUCAGCCCUGUCAGAUAAAUUGUUAGGCAAUGGAGCAGGAAAAGUAAUGGCAAGUGGAGGGGAAGAUGGCACAGUUCGCCUUUGGUCUCUAAGUUCCAGUGGGAAACGUGGCCAGCAUGCUUUAAAGGCUACUUUCUAUGGGCAUGAGAAGCCCAUCCGGUUGAUGUCAGUUGCUGGGCACAACACCUCUCUCUUGGUAUCCGUUUCAAGAGAUUCUAAGGUGAGGGUGUGGGAUACAAAUACAUCAUCUUCUGUUCGUUUUUCAUGCUGUGUGGGGAUGACCUCUGUUCUUGGUGCCCCUAUAGACAUUAAGUGUCAUGAACAAUUGGUCUAUGUUGCUGCUGGUUCCUCUGUUAUGGCAAUUGAUUUGAGGACAAUGCAAAAAGUUGUCAUUGCUACAGUAGAUGCAAGGCUGUACUCUUUUCAGGCAACGCCUUCAAAAUCUUUAUUCUGCGUAGGCACCAAUGGCAGGGCAAUGCUUUACGAUAUAAGGAAGAACCAGGGCACCCUGAAAUCAGAACCAAUAGCGGAGUUAGAUGGUGGACACACAGCGCCGUUGACAUACUUGCACAUGGAUCCAUACAAAAUAGUUACAGGAAGCCCGGAGGAUUUUUAUGUUAAUGUUUGGGAGGCCAAAACUGGUGCAAAAACUAAUUCCUUGGAUUGUUCUCUUCCAGAUGAAACUUCUACCAGUUUUGGGUGUCGUGCUCUGGCUGUAAAUGGGUGUCGAAUUGUUACUGGCAUUGCCAACUAUGAUGAAGAUGUGGGAUGCUUACGCUUCAGGGACUUCACAAAUGCUUCUUGUCCUGUCUUUAAUCGUGAAGAUGAUCAUGUUGCAAAGUUUUGGAACCCACUAUCUUACAGUGAUUCCGAUAGUUCAUAUGACUGAAUAAAUUUUUCUAUAUAUAUGUUGUUGUAUACAAAUAUUGAUCAUAUUACAAGUUUGGAGUUGGUUUCUAGCUA